GAAAAGAUAAGAGACGAAGUUAGGACGAUUAUGCAAGAAGAUACUAAUUUAACAAUAUCGUCACUUCAAAAACUUUCUUAUUUGGAGAGAUGUUUGAAAGAAUCCCUUCGUUUGUAUCCAAGUGUUCCUUUAAUUUUUCGGCAAAUUACUCACGAUAUGCAGCUAAAACAUUAUUUAAUUCCAUCGGGUACUGUCUGUGAGGUGCAUAUUUUCAGCCUGCACAGACGUCCAGAAUAUUGGCCAAAUCCAAAUGUUUUUGAUCCGGAAAGAUUUUUACCGGAGAAUAUAAAAGGACAUCAUCCCUAUUCCUACAUUCCAUUUAGUGCGGGGCCAAGAAACUGCAUUGGUCAAAGAUUUGCAAUGAUUGAACUUAAACUAUUUGUAGCAUUUAUAUUGUACAAUUUUGAAUUGGAACCGGUGGAUGAACUAGAUGAUUUGUCAUUUGCGUUAGAUCUGACUUUGACCUCCUCUAAACCAUUUCGAGUCAAAUUUAUACCAAUUCCAUAGAUUAGUUCAGUGGGGUUCUUAUAUGCAAUCCAUGGCGAAUCGAUCUCGAUCGACUUUUCAACAUCGAAAUUUUACAGCGAUUCCAAUAAAAAAUACUGCGGAACAUUUGCAAUGUCCUCGAGUAUGUAACUAAUGAAAGAAUCCAUAAAGAUCUAAGAAUUCCUACAAUAAAAGAAGAGAUUGCAAACUUCAAUGAACGCUACAAGUUGCGUUUAGCAAACCAUUCGAAUUCUUUAGUAAAAAAUUUUUUGGAAAAUACUGAUUUAAUACGUAGACUAAAAUGGUUCUAUUCUUCUGAUUAAGAAACGUGAUCUGGCUAAUUAAUAAUUUUAUUAGGCUAAUAUAAUGAUGUAUGUUUUUAUACUUAUCAUUGUAACGUCUC